UCCCGUGCGAGUCAAUAAAACUUUGUGCACCAACACACACAGCUUCCAGCACCUGCCAGCUGGGCCAAAAUGGGGAUUAGCAAAGCCGCAGCUGCCUUUCUCUUUCUUUUCUUGCUCAGUUCAGUGAAAGGAGAUAUACUGGAUGACUAUUUAAGAACAGAUGGUGUUUGGCUACUUAGUCGAAAUAAACAGUUUUACAAGACAAAUAAUGAAAAAGAAUGUGCAGAGAAAUGUGAAGCAGAAAGAAAUUUUAUUUGCAGGGCCUUCCUAUUCACCAGGAAAAAACUAGAGUGUUUAACGCUGGCUGAAAAUGCCAAAAUGACAGUGACGUUCAGUGGCACGGAUGCAGUUCUUCAUGAGAAGAAAAUUUACCUUCUACAGUGUAAAAGAGGGAUUGGGAAGGACUACAGAGGAAUGGAAGCCAAAACUCGGAGGGGUAUUCCAUGCCAGAAGUGGGCAGAAAAAACUCCUCACCACCCAAAUUUUACACCUGAAAAACACCCCAAUGCAGGGUUGGAUGAAAACUACUGCAGAAAUCCUGAUGGGGAUGAAAGUGGACCCUGGUGUUACACAACAGAUCCUGCUACAAGAUUUGAUUACUGUAACAUCCCAGACUGUGAGGACCAGGUUACACACACUGCAGAAGUCCCUACAGGGGACUGCAUGCAGUGUAAUGGUGAAGACUACCAUGGAGAAGUUUCCAGAACAGAGUCUGGGCACGAGUGCCAGCGCUGGGAUGCCCAAGAGCCUCAUAUGCAUGGAUUUACCCUGAAACACUUUCCAAAGAAGGAUCUGAAGAUGAAUUAUUGCCGUAAUCCUGAUGGCGAACUUCGGCCCUGGUGUUUCACUACCAGCCCUGCUAAACGCUGGGAAUAUUGCAACAUUCCUCGUUGCACUACACACCCACCAGUCUCUGGCUUGGGCUCCCAGUGUCUUUCAGGGAAAGGAGAAGGCUAUCGAGGCAGGAUAGCCAUCACCGAAUCGGGAAAUGCCUGCCAACACUGGAACACACAGUUUCCUCACAAACAUGGCUGGAUUCCUGACAGAUAUCCCUGCAAGGGCUUAGAGGAAAACUACUGUAGAAACCCUGAUGGAGAGAAGAGGCCUUGGUGCUACACCAUCAACAGCAGGGUUCGGUGGGAAUAUUGUGCAGUUCCCCACUGUGAUGGGACAGAACAAGGGAUUGCUGAUGCGCCUGUGCAGGUUCCCCCGUCAGAGGAAUGUUACCGAGGCAAAGGCCAGAGUUAUCGUGGCACAACUUCCAUCACUGCAUCAGGAAAGAAAUGCCAGGCCUGGAACUCCAUGUUCCCACACAGGCAUGAAAAAACCCCAGACAGAUUCCCAAACGCGGAUUUGAGACACAACUAUUGUAGAAACCCAGAUGGUGAUAACAGCCCAUGGUGUUUCACCACUGACCCCAACAUGACAUGGGAGUACUGCAGUCUCAAGAGGUGUGAUGAUCCCACACAAGAGCCUCCACCAAAUGACCCCCCUGCAACGACGGCACAAAGCAUUGGCCUGACCACACGCACCACAUCUGACUGCAUUAAUGGUAAUGGUAAAGACUAUCGUGGCACAGUAGCAAAAACUGGAAGGGGCAGGACCUGUCAAGAGUGGAGCUCUCAGAAACCUCAUAGCCACAAAUAUUUCACUCCUGUGACCCAUCCAAAAGCAGGCCUAGAGAAAAAUUAUUGCAGGAAUCCUGAUGAAGAUGUAAAUGGUGUUUGGUGCUUCACAACAGACCCAGAAAAAAAAUGGGAGUACUGUGAAAUCCCACGCUGCUCUUCUUCUGAGCACGACUGUGGAAAAGUCCCAAUGCAGAAUGAGCGAGCCUGUGGGCAAUAUAACAUGUGUGACGCAUCUCCAGGGUCUUGGCCUUGGCAUGUCAGUCUCAGGAUGAGUACCAACGUGCACCAUUGUGCUGGCACUCUGAUACAUCCACAGUGGGUCCUUACUGCAGCUCAGUGUUUGCAAAAGUCAACAGAGCCUUCUUCCUACAGGGUGUUUCUUGGGAUACAGAAUCUCAAUGCAGCAGAGCCGUCCCUUCAAAUCCAAAGUGUUCAGAAAGUAUUAAAGGAACCAAGUGGAGCAGACAUUGCUUUGCUGAAGUUGAGGAGUCCUGUAACAAUUACUGACCAUGUAAAACCAGUUUGUUUGCCUGAAACCAGUCUGAUGGUAGAAAGAAACACAGAAUGUUUUCUAACUGCCUGGGGAAAAACAAGAGGUACGGAUACAGACAACAGAUUAAAAGACGUUGAAUUACCUGUGCUUGAAAAUAGAAUAUGUAAUCACCCUGCAUUUCUGAACGGAAGUGUCAAAAAUCAUGAAUUUUGUGGUGGAUUUACUUUUGGAAGCAUAGGUAACUGUGAGGCUGAAGUUGGAGGGCCUCUGGUCUGCCAAGAUAAAGACAGAUUUGUCCAAUAUGGGGUCACCUCUUGGGGACUGAACUGUACCCAGCCGUCAAAGCCUGUUUUUGUCCGAAUUCCUAGUUUUGUUUCCUGGAUCAAGAAUGUAAUGGUUGCCCACUGAAUCUGGAUGCAGGCUAGCUUUUCUGGAAAGCAUUCCAAAUAUGGUUUAAAAAUUGUAACAAAGCAUAAAAAUCUUAAAUAAAUAUCACUACUGGCUUAGCAUAA